AUGUCGGAUCAUGAUCAUACGCAUAAUGGGGAUGUGACGGAGAAGAAUCGAACACAUUGGGACACCCAUGCCUCAACUUACGACACGCGUUUCCAAAAGACCAUCGAGCAACUAAUCUCCAUAAUCCAAGAACCACGUGUCCUAUCAUUCAUCGGUGCUCCUUGGCAAACCGACUCCACACCUCAAUCGCAAACGCUCAAACUCCUCGACUACGCAUGCGGCACCGGUCUUAUAACGCGUGCAUUACUACCCUUCAUCACCCGUUCUAUUGGUAUCGACCUCUCUUCUUCCAUGGUAGAGCAAUACAACCUUCGAGCAUCUAAUCAAGGACUUGACGCUUCGGAAAUGUUUGCUUAUCAGGGAAAUUUGUUAUCUUUAGAUCCUGCUCCACAGUUAGAAGGAGAAGAUCUGUAUGAUUUCGAUAUCGCAGUUGUGGGAUUGGGAUUUCAUCAUUUUGAAAAUCCAGCGUUAGCAGCGAGGAAAAUAGGAGAGAGAUUAAAGAAGGGGGGCAUUUUAGCAGUGGUCGAUUUCGAAAGUCAUGAUGGUUUUGGGAAUCCUCAUUCUCAUGAUCAUUCCCACGAAAACCCAAACCCAUCUCAAGAACAAUUAAAUCCCGAAACCCAAAAGGCCCAAGAAACAGUAACCCAUCAUGGAUUCUCCCAAGAGGAAAUUCAGAAGAUCUUCGAAGAUGCGGGUGCAGGUAUGGAUUUUGGAUAUAUGGUUUUGGGGAAGGGAAUAGUGUUUCAUGGAACGGGGGUAGAGGGACAGAAAAAGGAUAUGAAGAGGGCGGUUUUUAUGGCGAGAGGAGUUAAAUUGUGA